ACAUGGCAAGGAACUAAACAUGCUGCUGCGCCCGGUUUGUCAUAUAUAUAGAAAAAAACAUAACAGCUCAUGAGGAACUUUUGCUAAAGAAGGGUUAAAAGAAGCAUUGAGGCUCCUUAGAAUUCGAACCACCUUUCCUUCAAGCACUUCCGGGUCAUCUCCAUAGGAAAGGAAAUUCAAAAAUUAAAAAGAGAGAAUUUGUAGAGGCUCGUGGUGUCCGUCCGAGGCAUCUGGAUCAAACCUUAAAACUUUCAGACCUAGUUCUUUUCGACCGCUCGUAUUUUGUAUUCUAUUGUGGGUUUUUAUCCACCACAGUAUCCAUUUGUUAAUAAACAUGUCACCGUGCGGCCCAACUUUGGAAGAACAGCUUUCGUCCAUAAUGGAUGUACUUGCGAAAGGUGCUGUAUCUGAGAUUAGCCAACUGUUCUUGGAAGGCUCGGCUACGAUUCGCUUGCAAUUAACUCGGAGCAUGAAAGAAAACCAAGCGCUGAGGAGGAGGAUGAAGAUGAUGAAGAGUAAAAUGUUUUCUUUGCGGCUUCAAACGAGAUCAAAUGCAUCGUGUGCAGCCAGACAUUUUGCCCUGGCUCGAGCCAUCGUCUGCAAACCACAGACUAAACCACUGGGAAAUGAAGACUGCGAUGACUGUGGAGACCGCAGCACACAGCGCGGCGCCCCCUCAGAUGGUCUGCAUGUGGACGCCCCUGGCUCCUCCCACAUGUCCAGUCACAGCGAGGAGCUGAGGAUCCUGAGCGUCCACGGAAAAGGGGAGGGCCCACUGGCGCUGCACAGCCAUGACGACCUCUUCACUUCGUCCAAACAGGAGGCUCUGAGGUCGCUGUCCACGGAACACAGCGUGGUCAAGAGCCUGGAGCGAAGCGAAUGGCUGGUCCGCCGCGAGGAGCUGACUGGGCAGCAGCAGACCGCAGACACCAUUUUAAUCAAGGAUGAAGAGGAUAUUGGUGGAGGCAUGCCCGCUGUAGAAGACUGCGAUGAGUUUGGAGACUGCAGCGCACAACACGGCGCCACCUUGGAUAGUCUGCAUGUGGAAGCCCCUGGCUCCUCCCACAUGUCCAGUAACAGCGAGGAGCUGCGGAUCCUGAGUGUCCACGGAAAAGGGGAGUACCCACUGGCGGUGGACGGCCAUGACAACAUCUUCACCGUGUUCAAACUGGAGACUCUGAGCUCGCUGUCUGCGGAACACGGCGUGGCAAAGAGCCUGGAGCGCGGCGAGCAGCUGGUCCACCGUGAGGAGCUGACUGGGCAGCAGACCGCAGACACCAUUUUAACCAAGGAUGAAGAGGAUAUUGGUGGAGGCAUGCCCGCUGUAGAAUACUGCGAUGACUUUGGAGACUGCAGCACACAACACGGCGCCACCUUGGAUAAUCUGCAUGUGGACGCCCCUGGCUCCUCCCACAUGUCAUUUCACAACAGGGAGCUGCGGCUCCUGAGCGUCUAUGGAAAUGGGGAGGGCCCACUGACGGGGGAUGGCCAUGACAACCUCUUCAGCGCGUUCAAACCGGAGGCUCUGAGCUCGCUGCCCGCGGUACACAGCGUGGGAAAGAGCCUGGAGCGCGGCGAGCAGCUGGUCCACCGUGAGGAGCUGACUCGGCAUCGGGGCGGCGGCAAGGACCGGCCCGGUGUGUUGUCUGGAGAGGGUUUACCCGACGAAACCAAUAUGGUCGUCCACAGGCGUACCCACACCGGCGAGAAGCCGUACGGGUGUGAUCAAUGCGUGAAGCGCUUCACACAGAGCUCUCACCUGAAGGAACACAUGAGGACCCACUCCGGGGAGGAGCCCUACAGGUGUGACCAAUGCCUGAAGCGCUUCAGUAGGAGCUUUCAACUGAAGAGGCACAUGAGGACUCACUCCGGGGAGAAGCCCUACAGGUGUAACCAAUGCGUGAUGCGCUUCAGGAAUAGUUCCCACCUGACGGUCCACAUGAGGACUCACUCCGGGGAGAAGCCCUACAGGUGUAACCAAUGCGUGAAGUGCUUCAGUCAGAGCUCCGCCCUGAAGCGACACAUGAGGAUUCACUCCGGGGAGAAGCCCUACAGUUGUGACUAUUGCCUGAAGCACUUCAGGGAAAGCUCCGCCCUGACAGUCCACAUGAGGAGGACUCACCCCGGGGAGAAGCCGUACGGGUGUGAUCAAUGCGUGAAGCGCUUCACACAGAGCUCUCACCUGAAGGAACACAUGAGGACCCACUCCGGGGAGGAGCCCUACAGGUGUGACCAAUGCCUGAAGCGCUUCAGUAGGAGCUUUCAACUGAAGAGGCACAUGAGGACUCACUCCGGGGAGAAGUCCUACAGUUGUGACUAUUGCCUGAAGCGCUUCAGGGAAUGCUCCGUCCUGAAGGUCCACAUGAGGACUCACUCCGGGGAGAAGCCCUACAGGUGUAACCAAUGCGUGAUGCGCUUCAGGAAUAGUUCCCACCUGACGGUCCACAUGAGGACUCACUCCGGGGAGAAGCCCUACAGGUGUAACCAAUGCGUGAAGUGCUUCAGUCAGAGCUCCGCCCUGAAGCGACACAUGAGGAUUCACUCCGGGGAGAAGCCCUACAGUUGUGACUAUUGCCUGAAGCACUUCAGGGAAAGCUCCGCCCUGACAGUCCACAUGAGGAGGACUCACCCCGGGGAGAAGCCCUACAGGUGUGACCAAUGCGUGAAGCGCUUCAGGAGGAGUUCCAGCCUGAAGGUCCACAUGAGGACUCACUCCGGGGAGAAUAUGUUGAUAAAGAUGUCGCCGUGCGGCCCAACUUUGGAAGAACAGCUUUCGUCCAUAAUGGACGUACUUGCGAAAGCUGCCGUAUCUGAAAUUAGCCAACUGUUCUCGGAAGGCUCGGCUACCCUUCGAUUACAAAUAACUCAGAGCCUGAAAGAAAACCAAGCGCUGAGGAUGAGGAUGAAGGUGAUGAGGAGUACGCUGUUUUCUUUGCGGAUUCAAACGAGAUCAAAUGCAUCGUGUGCGGCAAGUCGUUUUACCCUGGCUCGAGACAACAUCUGCAAACCACAGACUAAACCACAGGGAGAUGAACACUGCGAUGUCUUUGGAGACCGCAGCACACAGUGCGGCGCCACCUCAGAGAGUCUUUACGCCCCUGGCUCCUCCCACAUGUCCAGUCACAGCGAGGAGCUGAGGAUCCUGAGUGUCCACGGUAAAGGGGAGGGCCCACUGGCGCUGGUCGGCCAUGACACACUCUUCACCGCGUCCAAACGGGAGGCCCUGAACUCGCUGCCUGCAGACCACAGCGUGGUCAAGAGCCUGGAGCGCGGUGAGCAGCUGGUCCACCGUGAGGAGCUGACUGUGCAGCAGACCCCAGACACCAUUUUAACCAAGGAUGAAGAGGAUAUUGGUGGAGGCAUGCCCGCUGUAGAAGACUGCGAUGAGUUUGGAGACUGCAGCACACAACACGGCGCCACCUUGGAUAGUCUGCAUGUGGACGCCCCUGGCUCCUCCCACAUGUCCAGUAACAGCGAGGAGCUGCGGAUCCUGAGUGUCCACGGAAAAGGGGAGUACCCACUAGCGGUGGACGGCCAUGACAACCUCUUUACAGUGUUCAAACUGGAGACUCUGAGCUCGCUGUCUGCGGAACACAGCGCGGCAAAGAGCCUGGAGCGCGGCGAGCAGCUGGUCCACCGUGAGGAGCUGACUGGGCAUCAGGGCGGCGGCAAGGACUGGCCCGCUGUGUUGUCUGGCGAGUGUUUUCCCGAUAAAACCAAUAUGGUCAUCCACAGGCGUACCCACACCGGCGAGAAGCCGUACGGGUGCGACCAGUGCACGGAGCGCUUCAAACUGAAAGACAGCCUGAAGAGCCACAUGAGGAGGACUCACUCCGGGGAGAAGCCCUACAGGUGUGACCAAUGCGUGAAGCGCUUCAGUCGUAGUUACAUCCUGAAGGUCCACAUGAGGACUCACUCCGGGGAGAAGCCCUACAGUUGUGACUAUUGCCUGAAGCGCUUCAGGGAAAGCUCUUCCCUGAAGAUCCACAUGAGGACUCACUCCGGGGAGAAGCCCUACAGGUGUGACCAAUGCGUGAAGCGCUUCAGUCAGCACUCCACUCUGAAGAGCCACAUGAGGACUCACUCCGGGGAGAAGCCCUACAGGUGUAACCAAUGCGUGAAGCGCUUCAGUACGAGUUCAAACCUGACGGUCCACAUGAGGACUCACUCCGGGGAGAAGCCCUACAGGUGUAACCAAUGCGUGAAGUGCUUCAGUCAGCGCUCCACUCUGAAGAGCCACAUGAGGACUCACUCCGGGGAGAAGCCCUGAAGGUGCAACACCAGCCUCAGUGACCCUAGCAAUUUGCGUUGGCACAUGCUCAAGCACAGAGGCAAUGGGGUGCUUUGACACGGGCAAUGGGACCUUUUAAUUCACACCUCUAUCCUGUUUUUGUUUAAAUUUGUCUGUUCUAGUUAUUUUUUAUUCACGAUUAUAGCUCUAUAGCUCUGGUCCAGACUGUUCCCGGGAAGAAGAUUCCUGCGCCUGGGUGUUUGCAAACCAUUUCAGGUUUUGUUGUUGGCUUAUGCAAGUGGUAAUAAAGCCUUAAUCUUUCAAACCUA